GGUAUCUGAAAGCUUUCAGCUUUUUUGACACCUGGAUCUGAAAAAAAGUAACAUUUAUACAAUUGGGUGUAGAUAUGAGAGUGUAUGCUUGUGUUUGCUCUGUAUGUCAGUCAAAUUCGAUAAAGAGCUCAAAGAUAUUAGGCUUGUUAAAAAAAACAAAGAGAUGGCCGGAUCAAGAUGCUACUGCUGUUGUCAGUCUUCCUUUUUCACCUGUUUCUUUCUUGAGGGAAGGACUGCAUCCUACCCUCAACCCUGACAGUGUGUCAAGAGAAUCCACUUGGAGAAAGCACUGUGGAGGAGCUUCACACCAGAGAAUUCAGUGAUGAGAUGUGAAACAGUAGGAAAUCUGGAUUUAUUAGUUCAGUUCAUGAAAGUACUUAUCUCUUUAUGGCGUUUGUUUGUCUCCAUUCAGGACAGUCAGUUUUGAUCUGGCUUCUACCUUUUGAAAACUUGAGUUUACAGUUAAUUAACAUUCUUCAAAUGUAGAGCUUCUGAGGGGUGUCACGGAGACUUUGGUGCCUAAUCAAUUACAUUCGGUUCCCUUCCAUUUCCAUUCUGUUUCUGUUCAUCUGACCUUGCCAGUUACAGUUACUGGGUUUUUUUGCCCUUUGUUCAGCCAUUGCUAUCUCAGUUUGCUUGGUUCAGUCAUGUUUGUAAUUCCCAGUUUCUCCACUUCUCCCCAUUCUGUUUUUCUCUUCCAUGCUUUACUAGCCUUUCAGUUGUUAUUCUUGCCACAUGUUUCUGUUGUGAUUCUUAGUGCCAGGCCUUUCCCUCUUUCCUUCCUGCAUGUUUCUCAUUCAGAGUCAUUGUCCUUGAAAUUUCUUUGAGUUUCCUUUGAGGAUCCUUGUUCCAGCCAUUUUGAGACCCCAGUUUCAAAAGACUUCCAGUAUUGUGUGUUCUCUGCUUAGGUUGACUGCCUUCUUCCUCCAUGCUGCAUAAGCCUGAUGCAGAAGGGAUAAACAACCUAUUCCUUUCUUUUUCAGUAGGCUGUGCCUGACAUGGGCUCUAACAACUUGGAAGCAGGUGAAUUGUUUUGGCAAAAAUGUAUGUAGCUGAAAACUGGCUUAUGGACAGUCUCAGAAACAAGAAAUUUUAGCAAUCAGGUCAAGCAAAGUGGGCUUUUUAACACUGAGGAAUUUAUUGGACAUCUGUAAAAGCAGUUGUCAUAUGCCUCUGCAAAAGGAGGAAGAGGCAAGGGAAGACAGAGGGAAGAAUAAAACUGGACUAAAACCUGCCUGAGACUCCCCCAAAGAAAUCCAGUGUGGAAUUGCGGCAAAAGCAGAGAUGAUUAUACAGAGGGUGGUGCUGAAUUCGCGCCCCGGUAAGCAUGGUGUGCCGGUGGCUGAGAACUUCCGACUCGAAGAAAGUACAAUAGCAGAUGCAAUCCAAGCUGGACAAGUGCGUGUUAGAACCCUUUAUCUCUCUGUGGACCCUUACAUGCGCUGCCGAAUGAAUGAGGACACUGGCUCAGAUUACCUCUUGCCCUGGCAGUUGUCUGAAGUUGCUGAUGGUGGGGGCAUUGGGGUUGUGGAGGAGAGCAAGCAUGACAACUUUGUUAAAGGAGACUUUGUAAUCUCCUUCAAUUGGCCCUGGCAGACAGCGGCAAUUCUAGAUGGAAGCUUGCUGCAAAAGCUCAUUCCACAACUUGUAAAUGGACGUCUUUCCUACUUCCUGGGUGCAGCUGGCAUCACAGGACUGACGGCCCUGUUGGGUAUAAAGGAGAAAGGACAUGUGGCUGUGGGUGCAAAUCAGACAAUGGUGGUGAGCGGAGCAGCCGGUGCCUGCGGGUCUUUGGCUGGCCAGAUUGGCCGUCUGGAGGGCUGCUCCAGAGUGGUGGGGAUUGCUGGCACAGAUGAAAAGUGCUCUAUUUUGGUCCAAGAAAUGGGAUUUGAUGCUGCUAUUAAUUACAAGAAGGGCAAUGUGGCAGAGCAGCUACGGGAAUUCUGCCCAGGCGGUGUGGAUGUUUACUUCGACAAUGUUGGUGGAGACAUCAGUGAUACAGUUAUAAGUCAGAUGAAUCAGAACAGCCAUAUCAUCCUGUGUGGACAGAUUUCUCAGUAUAACAAAGAUGUGCCUUAUCCUCCUCCACUGUCUCCUGACAUAGAAAAAAUACAGAAAGAAAGGAAUAUCACAAGGGAAAGGUUCUUGGUGUUGAACUAUAUGGACAAACAGGAAGCUAGUGUAUUACAGCUCUGUCAGUGGAUCCAAGAGGGUAAACUGAAGGUCAGAGAGACCGUGGUAGAAGGCUUAGCAAACAUUGGUGCUGCUUUCCAGUCCAUGAUGAGUGGAGGCAAUAUUGGAAAACAGAUCGUCUCAGUUUCUAAGUAAAAGUCAUUCCUUUGGGAAAAAUAAUUGGAUUCUAUCUCUUAACAGUGAGCAACUUUUUACUUAUACUAUUUUCUUAAAUAAGCCAUUAAGUUGUUCUGUAUGUACUGAAAGCAGAGAUUCUGGGAUGCUAAUAAACUAAAUAGAACUGGAAA